AUGAAAGAAUGCUCACGUUGUGGAGUAUUAAAACCAAUCCAAGAAUUCAUGAGGGUUCAUGGUACAAGGAAAGGUCUAUUCGCAAACUGCAAUCGCUGUUCUGAACAAAAGAAACAAAACUCAACAAGUAAAAGUUCAAUUAAUAAAGAUAUGAUGCAAAAAGAUAAUUCAAGUUAUUUACAACCUGAAAGUAACCUUGACUCCAGUCUAUUAACAACGAUUGAAGAUGAUAAUGAAGACCUUAUCUACGAACUAGAAGACCUUGAAGAACUUGUAUCUACACAUUUUUCAAACAAUGAACAUGUUGAGUUUUCAGCUAUAAUUGAAUUAAGCAAUAAAUUUAUUGAAGAGACAUUAUUAAAUGAAACUGGCCCGAAUGAUGAUAGUAGUCAAGGUGAUGGUGGGCAAAGUUUUCGUUUUAUCAUAAACACAAUACUAAUCUUAAUCAAGGCCAGGUCUCGAUACUAUUGGGAAUUAAAAAAUUUUUAUAUUAAUAAAAAAAUAAUCAACCUUACGGAUGUGCCACUGCGUAUUUGA